AUGGUGGAAGCGAUAGAAUUGAAGGUUACUGUGAAGGGUCUCUCCAAGAUGUUGAUCUAUACUGAAACAAGAAAGAGAGGGAAAAGUAACCAAACAAUAUUUGAUUGUGAUAAAGGUGGAAAAUACAAUGAUACUGAUAGUGGAACACAAAGUGCAACAAAAAAAUAUGGAUAUCCCUUUAAAAUCAGGUCGACUUCGGCAAAAGAUGGGUCUGGAUGGAAGGUUCAUGUAAAAUGUGGAGUUCAUAAUCAUGGUUUACCUGAUAGAUUAGAAGGUCAUUCCUUUCUUGGUAGAUUGGCCACAGAUGAGAAACAAUAUGAUGUUGAUUUGACAAAGAGACAUGUUCUACCAAGCCCCAUAUUUCUUUCCUUGCAAGAGCGAGACCCGGAAAAUGUCAUUCAGAUCACGCGAACGUAUAAGCUUAAGAGUAUGAUAGAAAAAGAGAUAAGAGGUCCUAAAAGUGAGAUACAACAUUUGUUUCAGCUUAUAGAGGGCGCAUGA